UGAAAUCGUGCGGACACUGCUAACCUAUAUAGAUCGAUACACCGAUCCAUAUAAUUUCUUGAAAAUGUACGUCCUUUCAACUUCAAGAUAAACGACGCGAAAUUCUCCGCUUGCUCGCACGUACAAACGUCGCACGCAUGCACGCGAAUUCGAAUCGGCAACGGCAAGCGUCGUUGCAUACACACGAUUCCACGCGCAAUUCGCGUAUCAUUGUACAAGCACUCCCGAUAACCUAAAAAGGGACAUGGUGUGCCAUCUCGAAAUAUCGUUAGACUUAUCGUCCAAAAUUGAAGUCGAUAAUGUAGACGGAUUUAGGCGAAUAAAACGUUGCGAUAUCGACCUACGUACGUAGUAGAUCCGCGACGAUCAUUCUUCCCGAUUCGCUGACUUUUCUUUCGUCGCUGUUUAACACGAGCGAUAAAAGGAGUGCGUCGGCGAUGCGUCUCCAUCAAGGAUCGAAUAGGAUACUUCAGAAACGUGUGAUCGGUGAUUCUUCGAUAUCACGGUCUCGUUAUAAAAUUGUAGCGAAUUGGAGGUUAUGUUUGUACGUUUGUAUCGGUGGGUUUCGUCGUCGAAAGAAAAACAUUGGUUCGUGCGCGUCGUUCUCGAUCGGAAGCGGGGGAAAAAUAAUCUUUAUCCUUUCGACCGGAUUCGGUUCGGAAGCGGAACCGGAAUCUGGGAAGUGCGAGUGAGAUGCGCAUGUACGCGUUAGGGGAGCGGAGUAAGCCCGAUGCGCCGGCGGACGCUCUCACAUCGAGGCGGUGCGCCUUCGCGGCAACACGUAUUCCACGCGGAGCAGCACGGCUCUCUCCGACCUUCGAUUCCGCUACCAGUUCAUUCACGCCAUCGAAGUAUCGUCACUUUUCUGUGAUCUCGAGAUUGCUACGAAGGAGAUUUGACUAUCGAAUGGCGAACGUUUUCCUCGUCUCGGAAGUCGCGAAAAGGCAACGUGCUUGCGACGAAUCGUAACCUAAUUAAAACUCGUAGAACACGUGUCCCCUCGUUCAUCGAUCAUUUCGCGAGUGUUCCAUUCGUUUCGAGGAGAUCGUCGGAAGUUGUCGAAAAAAGAGGGAACGGAAAGGGAAGAAGAAGAAAAUCGCGAGUAACCAUACGGGUUCGGCGAAGAUCGGGCUACGUCGGACGGCGAGGAUGUCGUUCUUCAGAGGCUUGUGGAAGAGCAGUUCGAAGCACAAGAAACUAUGCGAGGAAUGGGCCCUGGCGAACAGUCGCGAAUGCGUGGAGAGUGGCGGCACAGCAGCCUCGACGCACGAGGAAUCCGAGGAUGCAUCGGAGGCCAGGUUCACCCUCAAAUAUUUGGGCAGCACCCUCGUCGAGACGCCAUCGAGCGAGGAGGCCACCGCUGAGGCCAUAAAGACGGUCAUUACCAUGGCAAAGGCGAGCGGUAAAAAGUUACAGAGGGUGUCUUUGGCUGUGAGCUUGAGAGGUAUCAGAAUGACGGAUUUGGCCACGGAGGAAGAUCAGCUUCAAGUAUCGAUAUACAGGAUCUCCUAUUGCUCGGCCGACGCGACCCACGAUCACGUGUUUGCGUUCAUCGCAACGAAUCUGAACGAGACGAUGGAAUGUCACGCGUUUCUUUGUCCAAAAAGAAAAAUGGCACAGACGGUGACAUUGACGGUGGCCCAGGCAUUCAAUACCGCUUACGAGGCCUGGCAAUUGUCACAGGCUGAUCCGAGGAUUCAUCAUGCUCAAGAUAAAGGGUCUACGUUGACGGAUGAGAAAAACGAAACGAAUGAGAAAAAGAAUUGCAGCGAGACGAAGAACCAGUCGGCGAAGAUGAUUCAACAAAACAAGCAGAACGGUCAACAACGUCAUGCCGUCAACGAAGGUCAAAAGAACCUUUUAAUCGAUCUCUCGAACGAUCCUAAGCCGACGGGGAAUUCAUGGGUGAGCUUCGAGGAAGAAUCGAGUUCGGAUAGCAAGAGAUCGCAAAAGAGUUCGGCCAACAGUAUUCCCAUGACUACGCUGAGACACACGAGCGCGUCCACGCCGUCUCAUCACGUAGUACCGAGGCCAUCGACGGGAUUCAAGAUGCAAAACGCUUGGGGAGAAUCCAGAUCCGUCGAUCUAAUGUGCUCGUAGCAGACAUAGCCUGCGGCUGACAGCUUCAGAGACGUGCCAUUAAUCACGGGUCUCUGGAAGCAUCUGUCGAAUAGCGGCCAAACCAAGAAAACUAAUCCUUAGACCAAUAUCAACCUCGCCGAGGAGGAGAGUAACGUGAUUUUAAAAUGUGACGCGAUAUAUACGGGAGGAAAGGGAUUAGCGAAUCGAUCGUUCGUUCGAUCGAUCGACCGAUCGAGUUUUAAACCGUUCGACGCGAGGAGAAAAUAGAUCAUCGAAGAGAUCGUCAUUUUUUUACUUGCACGACACCUGCCUCGAAAAAAGACCUGCCGAUCGAAAGAGACGCCUUCUCUUUCCUUUUUUCUCCGUUGUGAUAAGGUUUUUAUCGAGUAUACCUUUUAUUCCAUUCCGUCUCUCCUGCCUGGAGAUCACGGGAGACGAUCGCUCGAUGGAUCGUCGAUCGUCGUGAUUAUACGUAUAUAAUACAUAUACGUACGUACGCACGCACGCGUAUCAGGAAAGCUUUGACAGGACCAACGAGAACGAUGCGUUUUCGAUCAACGUUGAUUACGAAAGAAAAACGAUCCUGCCAUUAAAUCCUCUUACCGUUUACAUUUUUUUUACACUUUCAACGAACCGAGAACCGUUCAUCUGUUCGAGAAUGUGUUUUUAGUACCGCCGCUUGCCGCGGUGAUCCUUUUACCGGAUAAGAAACGAACGACGUUGAUCGAACUUUCCAAGUGUAUGCGGUAGGUAGCUUCGCGAUUUUAAUACAAGGUCGUUCCAUAUGCAUAUCGCGAGUUAACGAUUUUAACGAGAGAGUAAAGAUUUUUCCUUUUCCACGAUGCCAUUGGAAGGAAAUAUGUAAUUCCUUUCAACGAUACGUACUCGUCUACGCGUAUAACUGUAAGUUUCGACGGCGAGAUGAAAGAAAUGUAUUUAGUCUUCGAAAUAGGCGUUCGUUACGCGUUAGAUAAAUGUGUUGAUGAUAUAUGCGUUAUGGAUAUGUACGUCUAUUGCGUCUACUUAAUAGCAAUACGUUUAAAUAUCGCUGGUAACAUUCGAAUAGAUAUAAAUUAGCUUUGUACGUCGUUGUGCGAAUCAUAUCGCUCGAUAUUACGGAUCGCUAGAUCAAACUAUGGCUUAUACGGAUUAUACUCGUCGAUCGUUGCUCGUUCGUCGUUCCGUUUUUUGUUUCUUCGUCGUCGAAAAUUGACUAGAGUAAUCGAUGUUUAGCAAAAUUAGAGAAAAUCGAGUUUUGUUGCGUUGACCGUUUGAAGGGUUAAGCUAUCGUCGAAAGUGCUUGUCGUAGAUCACAUGCGUCGUUUUUUUCGUUUUAACGAAUGUUCGAGCAUAGGACGCGUGUGCCGCCGAAAUACUCGAAACGUUCGUAGCUUUGCGCAUCGAGUCAGGUUUACGAGCAUAAUUAAGAACGUUUUGUAACGAUCGUUGUAGCGCGUUUCCAUGCUCUUGUAUAUCGCAAUUCUCUUAGAGACGCUAAUUGAAACAGAUUAUUCCUCCGUACGUGUCCGACUACGUAGCCGACGUUGAACUUGAUCGAGCGAAAAUCGUACGUCAUUCUUUACUCGUUGCUUUGUCCCAUCGCUCGUGCUGUUCCACGAGAUCCCAUUAAAUGUUAGCGAAGAAUGCAUAAUCGAAAUACACGUAUACAUAUCUUUCA